AUGGACCCCAAGGAGCAGGCAAUUGCUGCCCUUAAGCAAGUUGCACAGUCAGCGGCUCAUCGCGAAGACGCGGGUAAAAUCGCCUUCAACGCGACGACGGGAUCCGACAUGACAACAUCAAUGGCCCAUAAUGAUAUAGUCUCAAAGCAGUCGGGCGCUUAUGACCAGUCACAAAUGGCGUCAGAAAUCGAUGCAAAAUUAGCUGGCAAGCAGGAGGAACAGCACUUCACCAAUGAUGCGGGUACCAUUCAGUCAUUAAACAAUGGCGACGACAACUCGCAAUCAACCAACGAUAGCCACGGCAUCGCGACUCCCCCCACAUCUGCGUCUGAAGGAUUCUCAUCGCAAAGUACAAAUCAAGAUGGGCCAUUAUCACAGUUAUCACAAUUGUCACAACUGGCAGCAGCGCAACAGCCAUUAGCAAGCAAUACGACGCGACCAAAACUCGCAAUCUCUCCAACUGCUGGACAAAAGAGAACAGCUGAUGGGCAGGUCAAACUGGCUCAAUCGAGUCCACCUUCUCGCGUGCAACCCCGCGGUCAUUCUAGGAACGCUAGCGCAGUCAGUAAUAUUUCCAGUACAAGUAGUAGGAUCGGUGAGAUAUCUGCUGAAUUACGAACUCGCCUUUCUUAUGCUAUGGUCAAGGUUAAUAAUGGCUGGCAGUCAAAUUCAAUUGACGAAGUAGAGUCUUUAGCAUCCCAAGCAGGAUCACCAACCUCAUCCAAAUCCAAUUCAACAUUGCAUGGCCGACGUAAUCUCAUAAUUUCCCCUCGUGAGGCCUUGGCUAGCGUUCAAGGACAAUCUGGUGGACCAAACAUUAUUACACAAGCGCCAAGUGGAGACUUUGAUCUAUAUUCCAAUUCAGGACAACCAACUCGAACAUAUGAAUCAUUCUGGCGUGAUCAUUCAACAACGAAUAACCCUGGUAGCAAGUUCUCUUCUCAGCAAUCAGCUACCUCUCCCCCUCCACCGAGAGGACUCGCACCGCCUGCAGAAAUCCGGCCAACCAUUUCUUCAAGAAGAUCUGGAACUCCCAAAUUUAGCAAACCACCUGCAAUUUCGGGACAAAACUCUAACUCAUCUCUUCAAACAUCCAACCCAAGGACGCCAAAUCGUGGAGAUUAUCGAGAGCACCCCACAAUCCAAACACCCACACAGAAAACACUUCAGGAACAGGAUGCUAUAGAAACUUUGUUAUUUAUGAGUAGUCCUGGUAACUCUGGAAAUAUGGCACAUGUCUUCCCUCCUCGUAGUCAGAUUUCACCUCAGGAGAGUCCUCUUCGAACAGAAUUCAAUCCACAAUCAAGGCAGAUACAUGGAAAGAAAGUUGGAUUCGAUGUUGCAGCAACAAGCGAAAGAAGCGCUGGUAGUAGCGCGUCUAGCAGUGCCGCCUAUAGAAGGAGUCGUGCUGGAGUGGUAGCCAAUAGUAGGGAGAGAGAGGCUGCCGUCGAUCAAAUGAUACAAGAUUACGACUCCAGUAGCGACGAGGAAGAUAUGGCCAUGAAGUUUACAAGUCCCAGGAGUACGCUCGCAGCCGGUCGAUAA